UGGACAUCGGUGUUCCACCUUUCAUUCAUCUCGCGCAAUACCUCUGAGACCGCUUCAAGUAUUCCUGUCUAUCUUUCUGGUCGGCUCGGUUCUGUGAGCCACCGCAGACUUUAUCAGCCAUGCCUGUCGUCAAAGGAGGUGUUUGGACGAACAUUGAAGAUGAAGUGCUCCGGGCGGCGGUGUCCAAGUAUGGUAUGAACCAAUGGGCGCGCGUGUCCUCUCUGUUAGCAAGAAAAACUCCCAAACAAUGCAAGGCGCGAUGGGUUGAAUGGCUGGACCCCGGCAUUCGCAAAGUGGAGUGGUCUAGAGAGGAGGACGAGAAGCUAUUGCAUCUGGCAAAGUUGAUGCCGACACAAUGGCGUACAAUUGCGCCCAUUGUCGGACGGACGGCAACGCAAUGCUUGGAACGGUAUCAAAAGCUUUUAGAUGAGGCUGAAGCUCGAGAAAAUGAUGAGCUGGGUUUGGGAGGCCCUUCUGGUGCAGAGGCGGCCGCUCCUAGUGCGGAUGACGUGCGCCGCCUACGACCUGGCGAACUUGACCCCGACCCGGAAUCGAAGCCCGCUCGUCCUGACACGAUCGACCUUGACGAAGACGAGAAGGAGAUGUUGAGCGAGGCGCGUGCUCGUCUGGCAAAUACACAGGGAAAGAAGGCCAAGCGAAAAGCCAGAGAACGACAGUUGGAAGAGUCCCGACGAUUGGCCGUCCUUCAAAAACGACGUGAACUCAAAAAUGCUGGCAUUAAUAUCAAGGUCGUUACUCGCAAGAAGGGCGAAAUGGACUACAACGCGGACAUUCCGUUCGAGAAGCCUGCAGCGCCGGGUUUCUACGAUACCGUCGAGGAGCAGAAUCGAAACGAGAGGCAACGGGAGAUGUUCGAUCCUCGUAAACAACAGCUUGCCAAUAAACGAAAGGGUGAUCAGGACGAAGACGCGGAGAGGAAGAAACGAAAGAAUGACAAGAAUAGCAACUCCGCUGCGUUUGCAGCUGCAGCGCGCGCGGGUCAAAUGCAGAAGAUCAGGGAAGCUGAGCAGAGCAGCAAGCGGAGGGCUCUCGUGCUUCCGAGCCCUCAGGUCAGCGAAGGUGAGAUGGAAGACAUUAUCAAGAUGGGCAUGGCGGGUGAUAGGGCCAGCAAACUGGCAGGUGACGAGGAAGGGUCUCGAGGCUUACUUGGCAACUAUACUUCUAUCGUUGGUGGAACCCCAAUUCGGACUCCUAGAGCUCCUCCGCAGGAGGAUCACAUCGCGAACGAAAUUCGAAAUAUCAAAGCUCUCACCGAAACUCAAUCCUCGCUGUUGGGUGGUGAAAACACCCCUCUUCAUGAAGGGGUAGCCUCUACUGGGUUCGAUGGAAUCGCACCUCGCCGCCAGGAGAUCGUUACUCCCAAUCCUAUGGCCACACCUUUCCGACAAGCUAACGGCGUUGAUGCUACUCCUAUGCGCGGCGGUAUCGGGCCUGGCGCUACUCCACUGCGGACACCUCGAGAUCAUUUUGCCCUGAAUCAGGCAGAGGCUGGGCAGCUCAUCGGGAGUACCCCGCGUGACAUCAAGAUGUACGAGAAGAAUGCGCGCCAGAGUAUUCGCAAUAAAUUAGCCUCACUUCCGAAGCCCAAAGAGACCGAGUGGGAGCUCGAAGAGCUUCCGACCGAGUCUACCGAGCCUACGGAAGUCGCAGAGUAUACGGAAGAAGAUGCGGCUGAACGCGACAGGAGAGAGAGAGAAGCACGAGAAAGAGCCGCACAGGCCGAACUCAAGCGCCAGACACAAGUUUAUCAACGCGCCCUACCUCGGCCAAACGUGCUCGACAUCGAUGCGAUGCUGGAUCGGGUAUCGCAUAUCACUGAUCCCAUUUCCGGGCUGAUUGCCAAGGAAGCUGCCCUCCUGAUUGCGCACGAUGCCCGCAAGUUCCCCGUCCCUGGUGCUAAAGUCGAGGGCAAGGCACGGAAAUUGGACCGGCUUGACGACAGUCUGAUUGAACAAGCCCGUGCAGCUGUCGCGACGGAAGUUUCGGCAUCCGGAAAACUAGAGGAAUGGCAGAAGACGUUUGACGAGCAAUGGUCAUCCAAGCAUUCCGAUGUCCUGCCCGGGCUUUCUAACUAUACCGAUGAGGAAGAAGACGUGUUUCGACAGGAGCAGCGGAUGAUUAGCGCUUUCGACAACGAACAAGCCUCGUUACUUGCCACAGCGGAGCGCGGAAACAAGCUGGAAAAGAAGCUUGCGUUACACUACGGAGGUUAUCAAAACCGGGCCAAGAUGCUACGCACGAAGAUUGUCGAAGCCAGCGAUGCGCUCCAAAUAUCGAAAGACGAACUGGACGCUUUCCGGACCCUACAGAUUUCGGAGGAGUCGGCACUAUCGCGAAGGUUGGAGAGGCUUCGAGAUGAUGUUGCCUUCGUUAUGCGGAGAGAGCGUGAAGCGCAGGAUCUCUACAAGAGCAGGAAGGACGAGCUGGAUGAGCUUGUGACAGGCACGGGAGGAACGGUGAAUGUUGUAGUAUCGAAGUAUCUCGGACAAUUGCGGCGAACCAAUUCAACGUACCAAAGCAGGCAGGAUGGAGAGCUACGAAAAGCGGAGAUUCUGUCUAUAAAGCAGCGAAAAGAUGGUCCUUCUUUCUACGUGCAUUAUGUGGAUUUUAACAAGCGCCUUGAUGAAUGGGUUGCCUCCUCACGUAUUGACUUGUCGCAUGAGGUUGAAUGGCCUCAGCCCGAAAAGCCAGAGAAGAAGAAGGCCGGUCCUGGCAACAAAGCUCCAAGCAAGAACACACAGAAACGCGCCAGAGCGGAAAGUCGUGAUGUAUCAGCCACUCCAGAUCUCCUUACGGGGAAGAACGCCAAUGUCGGCAAAGCCCAGCGUCCGUCUAAGGCUGGUGGAAAAGAGAAUCGCGGCGACGAGACACCUGUGAAUCUUUCCAUCGGCGGUGGCUCAGAAGCUGUCUCUGCGGAUGGGACACCGAAGCCUGAGUCUGACGAUGUUGACAUGAUUGACGUCAGCUUCUCCAAAGACGUCAAGGAAGAAGAGAAAGCCCUGGGUCUUAUGUCCCGCGAGGAAGAGAUCGAAAGGCUGCGUACCAGCGGCAGUAUGACACAGAACCCGACGGAGAUUCACCGUGUGCGUAACUUGACGCGACUGCAAAUGGGCAAGUACGAUGUUGAACCGUGGUAUUUCUCGCCCUACCCGGCCUCAUUUUCCGACGCUGACAUCGUUUACAUCGAUGAAUUUUGCCUGGGGUAUUUCGACAACAAAAGGUCGUUUGAACGUCACCGCUCCAAGUGCACCUUGGCACACCCACCCGGAAACGAGAUAUACCGUGACGACUACAUCUCUUUCUUCGAGGUCGAUGGGCGUCGUCAGCGGACUUGGUGCCGCAACCUCUGUUUACUCAGCAAGCUCUUCCUUGACCACAAGACGCUCUACUACGAUGUUGAUCCUUUCCUUUUCUAUUGCAUGUGCAGCCGGGAUGAAACCGGUUGUCACUUGGUCGGUUACUUUUCCAAGGAGAAGGAUUCCGCAGAAGGUUAUAAUCUUGCCUGCAUUCUUACGUUACCCCAGUACCAACGCCGUGGCUACGGUCGUCUCUUGAUCUCCUUCAGCUACGAGCUGAGCAAGCGCGAGGGCAAACUCGGAUCCCCCGAGAAACCGCUGAGUGAUCUCGGUCUGCUGGGAUAUCGACAAUAUUGGCGAGAAACGCUUGUGGAAAUACUCAUGGAGUCCGGACGGGAUAAUAUCAGCGAGCAUGACCUUUCUCUGCAGACAUCGAUGACGGAGAAAGAUGUCCAUGAAACGCUUGUUGUGUUCAACAUGCUUAGAUAUCAUAAAGGAAACUGGGUCAUAGUCCUCACCGACCAAGUCGUGGAAGAGCACAAAAAGCGUCUCGAGAAAGAGAAACUCAAGGGAGCUCGCAAAAUUGACCCUGCCCGCCUGCAAUGGAAGCCUCCAGUCUUCACUGCGUCAUCACGCACGUGGAAUUGGUAAGGUGCGGUGCAAAUGAAAGCGCGGCGUGCGUGGAGCACACUGCUGUGCAUGGAUCUAUGAUAUACGCAAGAUUUUCUCACAUCGCCAUGCGAGCGAGGCUUGAUACCCCCCCUCUUUUUCUCUUCAAUCGGUGUCUUCAUUUUGUCGGUGGUUUUCCUCGGGAUGUUUUCAAAUAAUCGUGGUGUUGGGAGGAUGUCGGUUUCGUUAUUUUUGGCAAAUUUGGACGGCAUAAUAUAUUGCUUCAUAAGUUCUGGAGCAAAGAAAUGGAGGUGUCUGCGUGUCACUCUUGUGUAUGGCAUCCAGGCUUAGAUUGUUUGAUUUCUAGACAUUAGCCCAACCAGCAAUGUGCUUAGAAAUACGGACCCGAACAUGGUGAACAAAGUGAGCAUUUAGUAGCUCUCUUAACCUGCAUCUCCUCCGACCCAGCAUUUCUAGGAGAGUCGAUUCAUCUCCAGACGCAUGUUUACAUAG